CACUGCAAAACCCUAAACCCUGCAACAAGCAGAGGAAUUGCUUUCCGACAACUUGUUUGCUCGCCUCUUCCCUUCUCCUUCCGUUGCUUUUGCUCGUCUCUCUCUCUCUCUAGCAGAACACCAAUUUCUCUGUUCAAUCAAAUUAUCUCCCUAUAGCACGCUUUUCUCUCCCUCUUUCUGGGUCUGAUCCUUCAUACCAUGUACCGCUUCGCUUCUAACCUUGCGUCUAAAGCUCGAUUGGCUAAGAACAAUUACAGUCAGAUUGGUGGCAGCUUGAGUUGGAGUAGAAACUAUGCUUCCAAAGACAUUAAAUUCGGGGUAGAAGCCCGUGCUUUGAUGCUUAAGGGUGUUGAAGAGCUCGCGGAUGCUGUUAAAGUGACAAUGGGCCCAAAGGGACGCACUGUUAUUUUAGAACAAAGUUUUGGAGCCCCUAAAGUGACUAAAGAUGGUGUCACUGUGGCAAAGAGCAUCGAGUUCAAAGACAGAGUCAAGAACGUGGGUGCUAGCCUUGUAAAGCAGGUUGCAAAUGCUACAAAUGAUGUAGCGGGUGAUGGCACUACUUGUGCGACAGUCCUCACGCGUGCAAUAUUUUCUGAAGGGUGCAAGUCGGUUGCAGCUGGUAUGAAUGCCAUGGAUCUAAGACGAGGGAUUGCAAUGGCAGUUGAUGCUGUGGUGACAAACUUGAAGAGCAGAGCAAGGAUGAUAAGCACUUUUGAAGAAAUUGCACAGGUUGGCACAAUAUCUGCAAAUGGCGAAAGGGAGAUUGGUGAUUUGAUAGCCAAGGCUAUGGAGAAAGUUGGAAAAGAGGGUGUUAUUACAAUAUCUGAUGGGAAAACAUUGUAUAACGAAUUGGAAGUUGUCGAGGGAAUGAAGCUUGACAGGGGCUAUAUAUCACCUUAUUUCAUUUCCAAUCAGAAAAACCAAAAAUGUGAACUGGAAGAUCCCUUAAUUUUAAUCCAUGAGAAAAAAAUAUCCAGCCUAAAUGCUGUAGUGAAAGUAUUGGAGUUGGCCUUGAAGAGUAAAAGGCCUUUACUGAUUGUUGCUGAAGAUGUGGAAAGUGAUGCUCUGGCAACUCUUAUUCUGAACAAGAUUCGUGCUGGAAUAAAGGUUUGUGCCAUUAAAGCCCCUGGUUUUGGAGAUAGCAGAAAGGCUGGUAUGCAGGAUCUUGCAACUCUCACAGGGGGAGAGAUGAUAACUGAAGAGCUUGGUUUGAACCUUGAAAAGGUUGGACUGGAAAUGUUUGGCACAUGCAAAAAGGUUACAGUGUCAAAGGAUGACACUGUCAUUCUUGAUGGGGCUGGUGAGAAGAAGGCCAUAGAAGAAAGAUGCACACAGCUGAGAUCUGCAAUUGAGUUGAGUACUUCUGAUUAUGACAAGGAAAAGUUACAGGAGAGGCUUGCAAAACUUUCUGGUGGUGUUGCUGUUUUGAAGAUUGGAGGAGCCAGCGAGGUUGAGGUUGGUGAGAAGAAGGACCGAGUUAAUGAUGCUUUAAAUGCCACUAAAGCUGCUGUGGAGGAAGGAAUUGUACCUGGUGGCGGUGUUGCACUCCUCUAUGCCUCAAAGGAACUGGAAAAGUUGCAAACUGCCAAUUUUGAUCAAAAGAUCGGUGUUCAGAUUAUUCAAAAUGCUCUUAAGACACCUGUUCACACUAUCGCUUCCAAUGCUGGAGUUGAAGGAUCUGUUGUUGUUGGCAAACUACUGGAGCAGGACAAUCCUGACCUUGGAUAUGAUGCAGCUAAAGGUGAAUAUGUAGAUAUGGUCCAGGCUGGAGUAAUUGACCCAUUGAAAGUUAUUAGGACUGCCUUGGUAGAUGCUGCAAGUGUGUCCUCUUUAAUGACUACAACUGAGGCCAUAGUUGCUGACCUUCCAAGGGAUGAGAGCUCAGUCCCAGCAAUGGGUGGCGGCAUGGGUCAAAUGGAUUAUUGAUGCUCUCAAGUUGCAGUCUCAUUGAAAGACAUUUUAUUUGUUCAAUAAUUGCAGAAAAUUAUAAGGAUGUUAGGUUAGAAUAGGAUGUUCACCAUUAUUUUAAUUAUACCCAAAUCUAUUUUUGAGAAAGAAUUUCUCCAUUUUUCCUUUUUGUGAGGCCAAUUACCUUUGUAUUUACAUGAGUUCAGUUGUCUAGAAAGUUUUGUUCCGUGUAGCCUGGUGGAUCUGCAAAUGUUUGACUGAUUGUUCUCCAUUUGAGAAAAUCUGAAACAGUUCUUGUUAAUGAAUUCAUGAUAUAAUUGGAAGUA